AUGUCUAGUAUCGCCUUCUCCUUGGCCUCCCACAUCGACCUUAAUGACCUAGAUGCUCUGGCAGCAACCUGCCGAAGCGUCCAUAUGAGCCUGACGCAGUACGCUCCUCAGCUCAAAGCUCAUUCCCUGCGAUGCAUCCUCGACGGGAUGCCCACGCUGACUGAAAUACUUGCAACGGCAAAGACUGCAGAUCUAUACACGGAUGCGUCGUUCCAUUAUGAUCAAGUAACAGGUGCAUCUGCAGCGUGGCAGCCGAAUAUCCCAGUUGAGGACGCCGUGAGGCCAUGGGUACGCUCGACACUUCCGGGAUUUUGGUCAUCAAUGGGUGUGACCAGCAAGAUCAGCUCCUGCGCUCGAGACCUUGUCGCUCCAUGUCGCAGCUGCGGGUCAGUGGUCUGUCGCAACUGUGCAGCCAAGCCUCCCAGUAAUGCCAGAUUGAAAGAUCGCUAUCGACGAUUGUGCAGCACCUGCCUGGACGCCCCAAUAGAAGCGCAUUUAUACGCUCCGGCUGUGCCCCACAACUGGACUGAUGGCGUCCUGGUGUCUAGUGCCAGUUCAGUGAAGUCGGACCACUCGGUCUCGAGCCAAUCUACGUCGAGUUCGGGAUCUGGUCUGGAGGAUCGCGAGGUCGGACAACAGGAUCUUCAUUCUUUCACCUCGACGGCUUUUUUGCGCGGCCCUUGCACGUGCGACACUCGCGGUGUUUUCUUAUGUGCCCCAUGUGGACAGCACCUUGGAGUUUCCGACACCACCUAUAAGCGCGUGUGGACGUGGCGAUCUCGAUACUCUACCCAUAUCGGCGGAGGAUUGGGCACGGGUUUGGGAGCUGGCAACCAGGGCCAGAAAUGUGGGCGUGGCCACGAUUGUCUCGCGACUGGCGGCAAUGCCGAAUGCUGGGUUGAGAUUGACUGUUACGGACGAAAGCCUCUUGAUUACCAUCGGGAGCACGAUGGAGGUGAACCGAGCAGCAUCGGCACCCCGGAUCACAGCAGCAACAAGCCUGGGUAUUUUCAGCAAGAAAUAGAAGGCAUCGGCGGAGUGGUCAAGAAAAAAAUGAAGAAGCGGGUCAAGGUUGGUGCCACGGUUUGGGAAUAUGAAGACGAGAAGGCAAGUGGCAAGUAUUUGGAAAGGGAGGCCAAAGGCGCGGUUCGUAGCUGGUGUGGUUGGUGUGGGCGGGUGUGCCUGGGGCCGAAGGAUGCGGAGGAAGCAUGUCUGAAGCUGGAUGCGAUAGUCAUGUGA